CUCUUCCUUCUUUGAUGUCAGUUCUCUUCUUGCCCCUUGAUCUCCCUCGUUGGCUCAAGCCUUUCCUCUCCAGUCUAGCUGUUUUCCUUUCCAUAAAAUCCACUACCAAUCUCUAUCCUCAACAGAACUUGGCAUCCUCUCACCCUUGCCUCUCUCUUUCUCUCCGUUGCUAAGCCUUUCAUUCAUGCCUUCUUCCUCAUCUAAUUGAACCAUGGAAUGUCUAAUGUUCUAGAUCUAGGUUUGCAAGAACCCGAUCUGGGUUCUAGGAGUGGAGAAGAGAAGGAAGGAGAGGGGGAGGAGAGAAAGAAAAUCAAAGAACCAGGGCUUGGUUCUCCAGAACCCGAGGUGAGAACCUGUUCUCGGUUCUCAUGGGUUCUCACAGGUUUUGUUGAAGAACUCAGAUCUGGGUUCUCCUUCAACAAAUCAAAGAGGGGGGAAGAGAAGAAGAGGGGAGGAAAGGGAAAGAAGAAGAAAAAGAAAGAAGGAGGGAAAAGAAUGAAGAAAGUUGAAAAUCAAAGAGCCAAUGCUAGGUGAAGAGGAUGAAAUUGCAGGUUUCAUUAGGGCAAUUGCAAGUUUGGGAGUUAAUGGAACGGAAAGUAGCAAAGACUAAUGGAGCCUAAGUGGGUGUAACGAGGUGUGUGACGGAAGUGUGUAUGUAGCAUUAUCCAAAAAAAAAUCCCAUCACGUAGAUCGAACCAACAAUUAACCCUUUUUUUUUUU